AGUGGCGAAUGGACAACAAUAUCCCGACUCGACAAUUCCUCCGACAGGUCUCAAUCCUCUUCGAGACCACGUUUGUCGUCGCCGAUAUACAUAUUGUCAGAUAAAGUUGUGUCGUCCGAUGCAAAACUUUGGAACACAACCAGACCAAGCACGCCGUUGGGAGCCAAAUUUUGAUCUUCCGACGGAAGGAGCUCGCGUGGUGGCCGUGCGAGUUUCAUCAUUCAUGACUCGUGAAGGCCUCCAGGCUUUGGUCAUCCACAUUAUAAAGAUCUUGGAAUCUUCAACCGAUGAGACUCCGGAGACAGAUGAAAACAGAGCUCCGUGGCAUCGUAGCUCUUUCAAAGUAUGGCAAUACUGUUGUGAUCCAAAUCGGAUAGUCAUUGGCUGUAUGUAUUUUGUAAGGACAAGCCGCGAUCAUCGCAAGCUUUAUCACAUCUGAGAGAGCAGCGACGCGCUUUGCCAAUAAACUCCCAAUGUCUUCGUUCACCACGGUGCAUCUAUCAUGCUCGAUCGUCACAAACGUUGUCUGCGCACACUCGCGUUUUUAUUUGCAGACCAUUUGUAGUACUUUAUCCGCCGGUGACGAGACACUUCGUGAAACCGUUGGACCUGUGGGACUGGUCAAUGUCGCGACAGUUUUGUCUGUCGAUGUCACAACAAUUGUCUCAGUAUGGACAGGGCUUGUACAACCCGAGUCUCUGCUCCCCGCCACAAUUUACAAACACGACCGCAUGUGGUACUGGAGAAGGUCUAUGAUCAAGCGUCUGCGCGAUCAAACACUACCUAGGUAUCUAGGCACCUGGACACUCUCGUGCCCCAAAUGUGACAAGACUUGUGAGCCCAAAGUCGGAUGUAUUCAAUGCCCGCGGGCUUUACUGACCUUAGGGUUGGGGUUUUGCGAGUUGUCAGGACAACCCAUCACGUGUGAAAGGUACAUGAUAGGGAUGCAGCAGCUACGAGUGGCGAAUACCGACACAAAGAAACGCGAGAUGCUUUUCUCAGUAGAAGACGACCCCGAGGAAGUCCAGGGCGGUGCCCAUGUGGUUUCGGGGAAAUAUGACAUAAACGAAAAGCCGGGAAUCUAA